AUGUUAAUUCUACUAGUUCUCCCCAAAAAUGAAAAUGUUUCUGUAGAAGGGUUUGCAAGAGGCUUUACCUGUAGGCGGGAAUCUCCUCAGCCGAGGAAUUUUAGACUCUGCUUACUGUAUCCAUUGCGGAGAGCUGGAGACAACAGAGCACCUUUUCCUCCAUUGUCCUUAUGCGGUAGCAGUUUGGGAGUUAGCUCCGUUCUCUGCAACCAUAAGUACAAACCAGAUCCACACCUUCUCGGCAACUCUAUCCUCAUCCAAAAGCUGGAUCUGCCUUCCCCCUGUUGGCGCAGGAUUGGGACCUCUCUUUCCAUGGAUGUUGGUCCAUCUAAAAAACAAGAAACACCCUAA